AUGGAUAAACCGCUAUCGUAUUACACACCUUUUGCGCGUUUUCAAGUUGCACCAGUCUACUGGCCCACAGUCUCACCACUGCCGUUGCGCGACAAAUUGAUUGAGAUGACUCAACAGCAACAACAGCAAAACUUUGUUAAAUUGAUUGUCGCUGGUGUUGGCGGUGUGGGCAAGAGUGCUCUCACGCUCUACUUCAUGUACGAUGAAUUUGUCAAGGACUAUGAACCCACACGGGCGGACUCCUACCGAAAGAAGAUAUCGUUCGGUAGUGAGGAUGUUCAACUACAUAUUCUCGACACUGCCGGACAAGAAGACUAUGCAGGCAUUCGAGAUACUUUCUAUCGCAAUAGUGAGGGAUUUCUCCUCGUCUUCGAUCUCACCGACAGACAGUCGUUCAUUUCUUUGGGUGAAUUUGUGGAUCAGAUUUUGCGUGUGAAGCGUUCCGAUAGGGUGCCAAUGCUGAUCUGCGGUAACAAGGUGGACCUGACAGAAAAUCGGAGGGUAUCGCAGGAAGAAGCGGAAGAUUUCUGUCGCAAAUGCCAUGUCCCCUACCUCGAGACGUCCGCUAAGACCAAUACAAAUGUCGAAAAGGCCUUCCUCACCCUCGCCCGAGAGGUUUACCAACUGAAAGUGGCUCAGAGACAGCAGCACCAGCCCGGACAGCCCGCCAAGCAAGGUCACAAAAAGAAGAGAUGCAAGAUUUUAAAAACAACAAGCAAAAGACGCUUUGUGCGCAACGUGUGGUGGGAAGCCUUGGUGCAUCGGUGCGUUCAACUUUGCCUACCUCUCGUCUCAUCCCUCCUUCCCUCGUCCACUACAGAAGAUUCCGAUUACGUUGUGGCUGUCUCAGUUGACAUCUCAGCUAAGUUAACGAUGAAAGUUCGUCGACCAAUCAACCGGUAA